AUGGAUGGUGAAAAGAAUGAUUGGGAUCUUGGUGCAGUGGUGAGAGGCUGCAAAAACCUCAAUGGCAAUUCAAGUAGCCAAGAUGUUCAUAAGCAUUUCAAUGGUGGUUUUCCUAGCCAAACCUAUGUCUCAAUCCCUUUACUCCCUCAACCAAGCCAUUAUUAUAGUAGUGUUUCUCCUAGCAUAGGGACCGAAAGGCGCUAUUUCGGGUUAGAAGAGGUUAUUGAUAGGUUUACUAAUGGAAAGGUGAGAGAACUAGCCCUAAAUCCUCAGGCUACCAUCAACCCCCCUACUAGUCUUGACAAGUUUGAUGGCACGCGGGGAAUGGGGAAGGACACCCCAGCCCUUCAAAGUCCCGACCCUUAUUUCGGACUAGAAGAGGUUAUUGAUAGGUUUACUAGUGGAAAGAUGAGAGAACGAGUCCUAGAUCCUAAAGCUACCAUCACUCCCCCUACUAGUCUUGACAAGGCUGGUGGCUCGGGCUUGGGGGGUAUCGGGAAGGACACCCGAGCUCCUCAAAGUCCCAAUCCUUCCCCUACUUUGGAGCCUCAACAGCCUCUUCCAAGUCCCCAAACUAGUAGUCCCAAAAAAGAUGGUGGCUUGGAGGAUGAGAAUCUUCCCCACCAGGUGGAGGAAGUGACUGAGGUUGAAAUGUCGGUUGUGAAGGUUAAAGUGCCAGUUGAGAAGGUUCAAGUGCCGGCUGAGAAGGUGGACGAAUGGGACGGAUGGGUUUGGAGGAAGUAUGGGACGAAGAUGAUGAAUGAUUCACCACACUCAAAGGGCUAUUACAGAUGCAACCAUGAGGGGGAAAAGUGCCCGGCAAAGAAGCAUGUUCAGCUAAGCCACAUGGAUGAAAGCACGUAUAUCAUUACGUACAAGGGUAACCACAAUCACCCUCCCCCCGUUCAGACCACUACAUCCAAACGUAAGAAGAGGAGCUGGGCUCGGGCUCGACCUCCCGCUCCUCCUGCUUCCAAAGAGGAAGGGUCAUUUUCUACUCCUAGUACUAAUACCGCUACCUGA